CGUGUAUAUCAGAGAAAAAAAGUGAAUAAUCUUAAGCAAGGCUAAGAAGUAGCCGACCAAAAACAUCUGGGUGCUUUAUUAACCACUGUAGGCAAAAGUCAAAUAGACUAUGAAGACCGUUUUACGCAAGCCUCAAUCACUUUCGUAGCUGUAGGUUUGAGAAGCGAGAUGUUACAGUAGAAGGGACAAGGAGUGUAGUGGGACUCACGUUGAUUUGAGAAAUUAGAGUACAGGGGACUUCAGAAGAAUAUAAUAGAUUUGUAGGUUGCAGGUCUACACUGCAAUACGUUACCUCAAGGUAUAUUUAGGUAAAUAAACCAUGACACUGGAUUGGUUAUCGACAUUGAAACUUGGCAUUGUUCUGUGUGCGGCAGCUCAUGGGGUCCAUGCGGUGAGUGGUUGCAGCAGUGUCUACUAUGAGAGUGUCAUCACUGAGUUCUGCCUGACCAAAUUUACUCUGGACAUGGAGGGACUGGACCCAAACCUGUGGUGCAACUGGCCCCAAACUCUCCAGCCAUAUGGGGAACUAACCAACUGCACCUUCAUGGUCGCGUGGAAGUUGGACUGCUUCUGGCCCAACCAUGUGAUUGACCAGCUCUUCGUCCGGAUCCACCAGCACUACUUCCACAACUGCUCUCUGACGGGCCGGCUGCUCCACGACCCCCCGCUUCAUAUUCUAGGGCCCUUCAUUGCCGUGCCUGUCCUGAUCACGCUGCUCAUGACAGCCCUGGUGGUCUGGAGGAGCAAGCGCAGUAAAGGAGUCUUGUAGGAGGGGGACAGCCGGCCCGCAGACAGACGGGUCUGAUUCCGGACAUCAGCAAGGACACCUACGAUAUCAUGCCAUGCCUCAUAGUUAAGACCUGUAUCAAAAUACAGUCCGAAAUUAUUUUAUAGACUUCAGCAUUUGCUUGUGUUUUCCCUUGGUUUCAGUAUGCCAGACAAGAACAAUCAAGCACAGAUAAGUGAAGCAAGUUAGAUAGCAAGUUAAAACCGAAUGUUAACAUUGGUCUGCUAGGUUUAUGGGAAUGGGUUUCUAAAAAGCCCACUGGGACAGCAUAACUCUGGGCUAUGUGCAUUUGAUUAUAUCCUCUACAAGUCGUGAGCAGUGCCCCUAGUGCACUUCUGGAUAAUGCACAGGUCAGUGGAGAGCUGUCUGAAAAAUACAGUAAAAAUGAAAUGGGAUACAAGACAGUACACCUUCUGGAUUCAAAAGAUGUAUAUUAUUUGUACAGAACAUCCCUUCCCCCAAUCAAUCUGAAGUUGUUUGUAUGUUA